UGUCCAUUGAUCAUCUAUUGACAGGAUUACUGGCUGUAAAGCUCGUUUUGUUUUGUACUCUGAAAACCGUUAGUUAAACCCCCCUGCUUGUUAGGUGUGUCCUGGUGAUCUGAAACGAAGUUUGAACGCCACACGUGGAGACAAUCACACUGCUGGACUUUCCCACAGACGCUCAGUGCACUUCAUUCAUCACAGGCUUCAGGGCGAGGAGAGCCGGGUUGGAGAAAUGUCAGCUGAUGGAGGAGUGCUGUGAGAGAUCUGCAGAAUUAAAGCACAGUGUGUGUGUGAGUGCGAGUGCGUGUUAACUAAAGAUCUAGAGGUCGUGCUUUCGAUUCACAACUUUGUGGUGCUAAAAAUACGUCCUGGAGAUCUACAGAAGAAGACGUACACAGAGGCUUUUCCAUACUACAGCUGAAUUAUCAGGAUUUUUUAAUAGGACAGUGUGUAAUUAAUUAAUAUUUAAUAGCAAGAUGGAGCGCGUGCCAGAGCGCAAAGAGAUGGACAAGUGCCUGAAACGUUUAAAGCAGGAAAUGACCUCCAUGCGGGAGGCAGGCAAUGGUCUUCAGACUCAGAUGAACUCUAUGAUGGGAGCUUUGCAGGAGCUGAAAAUCCUAAAGGUGCAGACUGCAUUGGAGCAACUUCAGAUCUCCUGCAACACCAAUCAGCUUUAUCAGCACUCUCCUCAUAGACCCAUGACCUCAGAUACAGCACUCACACAUCAUCUGGAUCAUAACCCAAGAGGAAGCAGGCAAAACGAUACAUGGAUUUCAGAACAGCCCAAAAAACAUAUCUUUACAAGAGAUUCAAGUCUGUCUGACCUUCAAAUGGAACCCUCUACGUUUUUCACCAGCACUCCAUUUGAGAAACAUAGUCUGGUCCCACCCAAUGUACCUAGAAGGCAGGAACCUAAAGGAACCCACCUUAGAGGAAGUCUGUGCAAUUCUGCUUCUUUCUCUAGCUUUGAGGAUGACAGCUUUUCCUCAUUUGAUGAUCGAGACAGCAAUUCUUUAUGCAAUACUGCAAGUCAUUCAACCUCAAGAUCCCCAUCUGAGGGGCAUCAACUUUCAUCCAAUUCACCCACAAUGGCUGAGCUCCAAGGACUAAUGGACACCCUUUCACGGGAAGGGCCUUCUAUCGACAGUGAUUUUUCUCAAUUCGACAACGAGGACUCUGGUGAUUGGACGUCCUCUUUAAUGAGUCAAAGCAGAAACAGGCAGCCAUUAGUGCUCGGAGACAAUGUCUUUGCCGAUUUAGUGGGUAACUGGCUUGACCUGCCCGAACUGGAGAGCCGAAUAUCUGGUGAGGCAGAGAACACAGGAAGGAUUGCUGAAGCAUCUCAGCAUCCACUACGACUCAGCUGCUCUCAGGAGUUCUGCAGACGUCUGUCUCUAACCACCAGUAUCUUCAAAAAGGUCUUGCGAAGCAUUCGACCUGACCGAGAGAAACUUCACAAAGAGAGACCAGGAUGGUUACACCUUGAGGACGAGGAGGAAACCAUCUUUAAAAGAGCCAAGAAGAAGAACAAAGGGUGCAAACCUAAAGAUAGUGUCUACAGACCAUUCUGGACAAGAGCUGGUGGAUUGAGAGGGAAAAGCAAACCAAAACCAGAAAACACAGAGAUCAAAGUUUCAAAAAAGCCGAUAUUUGAUUAUAGCUCUGCAGUCUGGGUUUAAAAGCUAUUUCUACAAACAGUGAUAGUCACAGGUGCAAAAACAUAGAACGUAUUUAACAAAAAACAAGUUUGGAAUUAUAACAAGAUAAAAGAGCUAAAAUGAAGACAAUCUCAGGACCUUUUGGACAUUUAGAAGCCAAGAAUGAACACAUGCCCAGUGUGGAAGAGAGGGGGAUUGUUUAACUCUCUCUUUCUGUCAUGUCAUCACCCUUGUUCUGAAGGUGAAGGUACCAAUUUGUUUUCAGACUCUCACAUGUUCCCAAGGCUCAAGCUCAAGCUUGUGAUUAACAUUGCUGUAGAUUCCUUUACUAUAGAAUCAUCCAUAUACACCAAAUACUGUGUCUGUGAAUAAUAACAACAUAUACAGUGCUCAAAUGAUUAUAUUACUGAAAAGUGAAAACAUCAAGACCUUUUUAAGGUCAUGUUGAGGAAAAAAACAAGCGGUCUAUUCCUGAUGAGACAAAUUAACUAGUGUCAAUCUGCUUAUUGAUUGUCUGCCUGUUUAGACAACCUUUAGAGUAGGAGCAUCCUGAUGUCAGUCAAAAUCAAGUGCUGAAUACCCAAAAAUAAGUAUCUAAAUACCUCUCAUCUAAAAUGUUCACAUAAAAUAGUGUGAAUACAAUAAAAUAUUUAAUUUGUGUAACUUAUGAACAUGUUAAUAUUAUGCAAAUGCUCUUCCACAUGCUAAAUGUUUUGUUUUCUUAUUAACUCGUAUGGCAAACAGAAUUCCUGUAUAAGCACAUUGACCCAGUGAACAUGCACAUUGUUGGAACACAGCACAGUCAUGAUUAAUUGAUCAACUGAAAUAAAGACUAAUAUCAUGUCAAACAUUCACUCUGAACUAUGUAAUGUUAGUACUGAACAUUUAUGAAAUCCAUGCAACUUUUUGUGGAGGUUUAUUAUUCAGAUUUCUGGAGUUAAGCAUGUAGAAUUUUUUUUUUUUUUUUGCCAUGAUUAUUUUCUAUAAUGACCAAAGAGCUUCUUUUUUGUCAAAUCAAUUUAUGUUAACAUUGAGAAUCGAAGUACUUCA